UCCGCAAUUUCUGCCAUCUUGGGUGUUAUUAAGUGUCAUGGUGUCACGUGGGCUGUUUCAGCACCCAUGACACCCAGAGAGGUGUCAACACAAAAGCGCCAUUCAACACGGUGUUACCCAUGACUAGCCCAUCACUAGUUCGCGUCUAGUAAUCCCCAAAUCCCUCCAUGUCAAUUUUCGUAAACUCUUCUCCUAUCUUUAUAAUAGCCGUGAAUUUUAAGAAACAGAAGAUAGAAGAUAACGACUUUGUACUUAAUCUAUGAUAACGACAUUUUUUUUAUAACCUACAAAAUUACACUAAAUGUUGCAAGCAUAGAUAAAAUAUAUAUAUAGGUUGCAAGCUGUAAACGAUAUUCAUUCACUACCAUUGCAAACUGCUUGUAAUUUCGUUUGUAACAGAUAAUUUUAAAUUAGAUAAAUAGUACUAAAGACAAAGGUCAUAUGCAUGCGGGGGUAUUCUAUGCGCGUAGGUUACGCGUGAAUCUGUUUAAUUAUUAAAUAUAUCUUUUCAAUAGUAUAAUAUUUUAAAUAGAAAAAUGUCUCUUACUGCUGCUCAUAUAAUGAAAAGUAUCAAAAAUGCAAAAUCAUUUGAGAAAGUGCUUGAUAAGAUUAAAGUAAUCAGUCUUCAGGAUGGAAAUUGCUUAGCAGAAAUGGAAGUAAGUGAAGAGCAUACUAAUCCUUUAGGUGGUCUGCAUGGCGGUUUUUCAGCUACUUUAGUCGAUAAUAUAUCAAGCUAUGGCUUACUCUCUCAUAAAUUUGGUAGUGUUCCAAGCGUUUCUGUGGACCUCCACACAACAUACCUAAGGGGGGCCAAAAUUGGUGAUACAAUUGAAAUUGAUGCCAGGACCCUUAGAGUAGGGAAGAGUUUAGCAGUUUUAGAAGUUUAUAUUAAAAACAAGGUUACAGGAGAACUACUGGUGAAAGGAAGUCAUACAAAAUUUUUAAUGCAAAGUACAAACUAGUAAAAUUUUUCUUUUAAGUAGAGUGUGUAUAGAUUAGCAGCUAUUUUUGUUUAUUUAUUCAUGUUUUGAAUCAUGUGUAGAUAUUAAUAAAUAUUGAGAAUAUUAGAUAAUGUAUUGGUAUUGUGAAAUAAAUAUAC